AUGGCCGACAACCAGGUUUACCGCGCCAGCACCACGGCGCCAGUCAAUAUUGCCGUUGUCAAGUACUGGGGAAAGCGCGACGCCAAGCUCAACCUGCCCACCAACAGCUCCAUCUCCGUCACUCUAUCCCAGAGUGAUCUUCGCACGCUCACGACCGCCUCUUGCUCCGCUUCUUUCGAGGGCGACAGCCUGACGCUCAACGGCCAGGCCUCUGACAUCUCCGGUGCCCGCACCCAGGCCUGCUUCCGCGAGCUGCGCACCAGGCGGGCCGCCAUCGAGGCCGCCGACUCGAGCCUGCCGAAGCUCUCGACCCUCCCUCUCAAGAUCGUCUCGGAAAACAACUUCCCCACGGCGGCGGGCCUGGCAUCGUCGGCUGCUGGCUUCGCCGCCCUGGUCAGGGCCGUGGCGGACCUGUAUGAGCUUCCCGACUCCCCAUCGGACCUGUCGCUCAUCGCCCGCCAGGGAUCCGGUUCGGCCUGCCGCAGCCUGUUUGGCGGCUACGUCGCGUGGAGGAUGGGCGGCAAGGCUGACGGCACGGACUCCAAGGCUGAUCUGGUCGCCCCUGCGUCGCAUUGGCCUGAGAUGAGGGCCCUGAUCCUCGUCAUCAACGCCGCCAAGAAGGACGUGCCCUCGACGUCGGGUAUGCAGCAGACUGUCGCUACGUCGGGCCUGUUCCGAGAGAGAAUAUCCAAGGUGGUCCCCGCCAACAUGGUCUCCAUGGAGGAGGCCAUCCACACCAAGGACUUUGCCAAGUUCGCCGAGGUGACGAUGCGCGAGUCCAACUCGUUCCACGCCUGCGCCGCCGACACGUACCCGCCCAUAUUCUACAUGAACGACGCCUCCAGGGCUGCCAUCCGCGCCGUCGAGGCCAUCAACGCCCAGGCCGGAAAGACGAUUGCCGCCUACACCUACGAUGCCGGCCCCAACUGUGUCAUCUACUUCCUCGAGGAGAGCUCUGCCACCGUCGUGGGCGCCUUCUCCAAGUUCCUGGCCGGUGUCUCUGGCUGGAAGGCGGGUGCCGCUGACGUCCAGUCCGCUGUCGAGAUUCCCGAUAACAUUGCUUCCAUCCUCAAGGAGGGUGUUGGCCGUAUCAUUCAGACUAGUGUCGGUGAGGGGCCUGAGAAGACGGAUGAGUUCCUCAUCGCUGCCGACGGCGAGACUGUCAAGAGGUAA